AUGGAUGUUUGUACUCCACGACGCAGCACGAGACUUGCUUUGGCAUUACUGUAUGUGUUAACCAUCCUACCGACACUAUCAACCGCAUGGUCCUUUAACUUUUUUUUCGAUGAUGCUUCCGACGAGACAAAUUUGAGAAAAGAUUCCAAAUACCGUGAGGACGAGUACGUUGAUUUAUCGGAUGGCACUGACAUCAAUGUGAGGCAACCUUUGCUUAAGCCUAUGGAUUGGUUUCUCACGGAGAAGGAAAUCACUGCAUCUCGAGGUGGAAUCCCUCGCAACGGGCUGGAGACAUACACAUCCGGCAACAAGGUCACGGUCUACACUGUGACAAACGAGUUCUAUUCUGCAAUUAGUAAGGAAUUACACGCUACCAAGGAGGGUGACCGUGUAUUGCACGCUGCAUGGGAUACGUGUCUCAUUCCGCUCGAAGCGGACAUCGACCCCACAGGCAAAACGACUCGCUUCGACGUUGUUUUCAAGGGCAUCGUCGAGCGUGGUGGCAGCGUCAACAUCUUGUCGUGGACCAACCAUUUGUUUCCUGCCCAGAAUAUCAAAGCGCGUGACGCUAUCAAUGAAAUUUCGCCGUCUCUGGUCAAUGGUGCCAAGGCGAUCUACAUCUUCGACGAUAGAGUCCCGCUCUUGACAUCUUCGCACCACCAAAAGGGAACCAUCAUUGCAAAGAACAAGUCUACUGGUAAAGACGAACAUCCUAUUGCAUAUGUCGGUGGUAUUGACCUCACUAAUGAUCGAUGGGAUACUAUAUACCACAACAACUCCGUCUUACGCGAAGCUGCUCACAUCUUUUUUCGCAGCAAAGGUUGGAUUGAUGCGCACUUACGAAUCCACGGCCCAGCGGCAAAAGGAAUUGCUGCCAACUUUCUUCAGCGGUGGAAUUCAGAUUAUAAACCAUCGACUGGGAUUGACGAUAGUCUCUUUCGCUUUACAAAUCCGGAUUAUGAGAAGCUUCCACCGAUCGACUAUGCAAGCAGUAAUACCUCGUCAAAGCUCGGCAACCAGAACGUUCAGAUCGUUCGAACGUUCAGCUGUAUCUACAAACACUACAAAGAGUUUGCACCACGGGGAGAACAGUCGCUUCUCAAAGCCCGCAUUAAAGCACUUAAGAACGCCAAGAAUUUCAUCUACAUCGAGGAUCAGUACUUCACUUACGUACCCGAGCUGUUCGAUGCUCUCAUGGAAGUGCUACCAAGAUUACAGCGACUUGUGGUGGUUCUUCAGCCUUCUAUUGCGCUUCUUAAGCCUGCAGGGUACGAGAAAUACGUCUAUGAUAUGAUAAACCCGAUGAAGAAGAUGUUUCCUAACAAAGUGCAGAUUUACACGCCUAAAACAGAACUCAAUCUUUACGUCCACACCAAGCUCGUGAUCAUCGACGACGUAUACGUAUCGCUUGGAUCGGCCAACUGGAACCGUCGCAGUAUGACAUCGGACUCUGAGCUUAACACGAAUGUGGUCGACGAUGAGACAGUCGAGUCGCCAGACGGUAUCACGGUCCUGAAGCUGGCUCGUGACAUGCGUAUCCGCAAAUUCAUGGAGAUGACUGGGCUGAGCUACGAUAAGCUAAACAAGAUGAAAUUCAUUGACGCAGCGGACCAGUUCAGGUUGGCUGCAAUAGACGAGUCGAGUAUUAUCAUGAACUUCGUCGUCAAGGACACCUGGUAUUUCCACACGCCUAUCGACACGAUCCGUGGGCAGGUUGAUCCGCAGGAGGUAUGCACUUUUCGGAAUUCAAAAUUUAUCAGAGACCUUCAAUAG